AAUCUAGUACUGUUUGCAUUCUGGCUUUCUUUGCCUUUGCAUCGGCUUGGUGUCCACGCAUGCUCGAGCUUUCAACAAAUUAACAGUUAACAUUGCAACGUUAACAAUCGUAGCAGUUCACACAGACGAGAUUAGAUUAUACAAGUUAAGGUUCCAUGGUAGAAUUAGAAGUGGCGUUACGCCGGUUGAGCAAUAUGACUGCCUAAAUUCGUGACAGGCUUGCAGACCGCAGUAACCGUCUUGUUUCAUUUGGAGCGCUUUUUCUCUAUGCGCGUUACAUUACGUAGCUGGCGGAUAGCAGACCGCGUUGGAAUGUACCGGUGAAGACUGCUGAACACAGCUGAACAUCAAGACGCGUUAGCUAUCUACAAGGGAACAUGCAGCGGACGGUUAAUGUUAGCAGGUCUGCUGAUCACUCCAAGCGGGGAGCUGUCCGUGACCAACUGUGCGUUUGGUUUCUGCUCUCUAUAUCAUGGCUUGGACAAGCGAUGGCUCAGAUCUGGGUCCCCAUUGAUCGCCAAGUAUGCUGGGCUGAGAGGAGUCGUCAGCUUGCGCAACAGCAAGUCCACGACCAGGAGCAGUGCCUCUGCAGCAUCCCUGAAUACGCGUACUUCUACAGCCGUGCGUUUGGACGCAGCUCCUGCAAUGUGACUUUCAACCGGAGGAGCCUGGCGUACCUUCCUGCUUCGACGCAACCGCAGCACAGCCGACAGUUGCAGCCGAGCACCUUGGGCAUGGACAACCGAAUCCUUGCCAGCAGCUCUUGUCCGGACCCAGUCCAACAUACGGACAAACCUCCACCCUCUACAACUACAAGCAGCAGCAGCAGCACCACCCAUAUCAGUCCAAACGGCCCUGCUUCCAUGGCAAACACCGAUAAUGCCAAGGAUGCACACCAACUUCUCGACAGCAACCAGCAGCGUCUAAUCGUCCGCUUUAAGCAGUAUGCCCCAGCAGAUUCCCAUCACACCUUCCUUCGCGACCUCCUCGGUCCCGAAGGUCCGGAUGCCUGGUCCUGGCUGCCGCGUUCAAACGCAGCGUCACGCUUCCCAACCGACUUCGGUCUCCUUGCCACCUCUCCAGCAGUGGAACCCUUCCUUCGAGGGAGGCUGCAGGCAGCUGCGGGGGUGCGGGACGUGCACUUCGACAAGCGCUACACGGGGAAGCUGGCCUGGGUGCCCGAGGGACGGCUGCGGGAGUUGGUGCUAUCCGACCAGGCGAAUCCAGUGAUGGAAGCUGUGGGCGGGAGAAGAUCUGGUUCCGGAGCCGGAAUCCGGGGAUCUGGGUCGGAGCCGGGAACUGAGGCUUUUCGAUCUGGGUCAGGGGCAGGGUCAGCAGAAACCGCAGCCGCAGGAGGUCGCAGUGCUGGCAGCAAGGGCAGUGGCAGCAGCACUGCUGGCGACCUAGCCGAGCAGGGCGCUGGCAGGACCAGGAGGGGGCCGCAUGCAGCGGAGCAGACGACGGCUGAUGCAAGUG